AUGGGAAUAAAUUCCCUGGUAUCAGCCAUCAAAAUUGAUAACACCCACUGCAAGAACAAGGAGAAUUGCCCCAAGAAGCAGCCUGCUAAGUCCCUGGCCCCCAUGGCCACCUCCACUUCCACCACUACCACCCACAGGGUCCAAAUAUCCAAGGAUCUGAAUUACAUCACACCAGAAGAAAGGGAUUGUUGCUGUGCAUCAGGCCUCUGUGUCAAAUGUGGUCAAAAGGCCCAUGGCAUAAAACAGAGCCCCCACAGAUGGAAGGCCACCAUCAAGGAGACUGCCAAGGUGGCCAAGGACUCAGAAUUGGGAAAAGAUUGA